CCGAGUGCAGGCACGCUUAUGGAUUAGGCGGCCGAUCGAGGAUUUCAAUUCAAUGACGAAAAUGUGCACACAUAGACCGAGAUUUAUUCUUACGUAACGUUCGAGAGGAAAGCAUCAUCACGGAUGUCUGGACAGUUUCGUGGUAGUUCUACUAGAAACGGAAACGUGAACCAGCUUUUGCAUAUAACACUUCUUUUACGGCGCCGUGAUAAAAGAUCACGUAGAAGAAGAAGAAAUAAAAAAAUCGCGAACGAGUCCGAAGUGCAGAGGCGCAUUCCCGAUGAGCGAUGUCAAAGCUCGAGCGUGAUCAACAGGCGGCGCAGAGGCAUGAAGCGCUCAACAUACUGGAGGCCCUUGAAUCGGAGGUGGCUUACGUGCCGGGAGGCCGUGAUCGGCAGAAUCGAGCGCUCAUCGUUCUUGACAUUCCCGCCGGCGAGCCCAUGCCAAUUAUCCGCGCUAACAUCAGCUUGCUAAUCGACUACUUUUUGGCGGUUUUCAGCGAGGAGACAAAGUCAAACGGCCUGACCCUUUUGGUGGACGCUCGAGCAGCCCAAUGGCGAGCGGCGCGAGCGUACAUGAGAGCAGCCCGCGAGCGUUUGGACUCGUACGCGGCGUCGGUGAUCGCUGUGAGACCCGACGGCUUCUGGGACAAGCAGAGAGUCGACAAUUACUGCACCAAAGCGCACGGCGAUGGCGAGCCGAUAUACAUUCCACUGAACAGGCUCUCCGCGUAUGUCGAUCCUAAUCAGCUCACUUACAACUUGGGCGGUAGCAAGUCUUACGACCACGCAGCAUGGAUACAGAAUCGAGUGCAUGUAGACGAAUUCACCAGCGACGCCGAAGACUUCAUUGAGAAAAUGGAAGAAGUUAUAGAGAAGCUCAAGAGGCCCGAGUUGAAUCGCGAUUCGAGCGAGAACCUGUCUUGUGAAGAAAUGAGUUUCGAAAUAACAAGUGCUGCCCAACGAAUACUUCAGUCAGGUAGAAAUCUAGCCAGUUCUAUGAGUCGCGAAUCGGCGCAAGAUAUUUUGGACACCGUGCACCGGAUUCACAAGCUGAUCGACUCGAUCGAGCAGAAACAGGUGGAAAUUGAAAAAGCUAGGGCAGAUAUGGAAAGAAAUAUUGACAUUCUAAAAGAAAUAGCAUCGUUAGAAGAAGGCGUCGCGGAUGUGACAAACUGGAUACUCGGUCCUGCAGAUUCUAUGUUGAAUGCUCAUUACCAAAUAGGUUUCGAUGUCGCCUCGUCGGAGGAGUUAAGGCGAGAACAUGAAAAGUUAGAAUUAGAGUGUAGAGAAACGUAUGGAAAAUACGCUGAAAUUUUACAUAAAAUAGAUAGUAUACCAAGCGAAUAUCUCUCGGAGGAUUUGAUGUCACAAAGGGAUUUUAUGGAUUUCGUCUGCAGAAGUUUCGCUACGAGACUCGAGAGGAGAAGAAAUGUGCUUAUUACGUCUCAGAGAUUUUUCCGUCUUGUUUCGGAGUACUUCGAUCGAACAAGUGAAGUCUUCGAUAAGCUGAUAAUGGGUAGUCGUACGUGUAAUUUUUCCAAUGCUGGUGCCAAACUGAUGAAGCUCGAACGUGGCCAAGAAAAACUAGAGGGAUUAGAGAGAGAAUUAGUAAAAGAGGGUGAAAAGUUAUCGGACGUUCUUUCGAUGCCAGUGAAAGAUGCACUCUGCCGAGACGUACAAAUCGACUACGCCGAGGACAUCAUAAACAUUCAAGACAUUUUGGACGCUACAAACGCGCGAAAAAAUAUCUUCAACGAUAGCGUUGAGCUGCAGAAACUUACGCUCAAGCAAAUCGCUCUCGUUUACACUUACGAAAGUGACGCCGAGCAAGCGAUAAAGUGGUUGAACGAUCUGUUCGACGUGUUGGUCGGCAGUCACGUAGAAAUCGGCUGCAACGUCGCUGAAAUUCAAGCGCAGAAACAGGAGCAUCAGUCUUUUCAAGAUACCGCGAGGGGUACGUAUGAAUAUGGUUGUCUAUUGGUAAACGGAGCGCGAGUAUUGAGGAUAUCCUGUAAGCUCGAUCUCCAAAGUAACGCGUUGCUGCUGUCGAGAUUGAGGCACGUUUGGCGCCAGCUGCGCUUUAUCAGUCAGGAGCAGCUGACGCGUUUGAGAGUCUGUGCCGUCUUUCACCGCAACGUUACCGACGUGAGACAGCACUGCAGCAAAUUACGAGAAAUGAUCGAGACAGUGAGCGUAUAUUCGCCAAAGCGAAGCAGGUCGGCGACGCCGGAAAGUGGUAUCGAUUGCGCUACCACCUGGCGAAACCACCACAAGGCGGAGGUACGCGACGUGUUGGCCAAGCGGGAAAAGCUCCUACCAGAAGUUGGUCGCAUGUGCCGACUUGGUCGACUUUUGAGGUCGCGGCUGAAAGAGCCAUUGGCUCAUCAAAGAUUGUCAGAGACGGUGGAGUCGAGUGAAACCGGCGCUGGCAACUUGUCGGCGAUGCAGUCGAUUUCGGCCAAACUGCUUGAAGUUACGAGGCUUGCCGAGAAAUUAGAUGCCAAACUUUGCGAGGCUGGAGCAAGGAGUCAAGCAUUGAAUCCAGCGACAGAGGAUGAUGAGUUAGCGACGAGUCCUGUAAGUGACGAUGCGAUUGAUUCUGGUAUGGGAACGUCGACUAGCGUUAAGGAUACUGAAGAGUCGAGGGUCACAGACAAAAGUUGUAAGUCGGAGGAAGUCAUAACGAAAGAAAUCGAUCGGCAAGAAAGCCGAGCGAGUAACCGAAGUAUCGUCGAAGAUUCAAGCGCAAUGGAUGAAUACGUGACAGCGACCGAAUGCUCGUCAGUACCAAGGUCGCGUAGCGAGUCGUUCCUCUCUUGCGAAUACGAGGAUGGCCCCGUUCCAACGACCUGCCGAAAUGCAGAGGACGAAUCGACGAUUAAAAACGAAGUAGUACCGAUAGCAAAAGCCGAUGCUACGGUAUCAACGAGUACUAGUGAUCAGCAAUUUAUUGAAUACAGUCCGGAUGGAGCGACUGUUAUUUCUCGAACAAUUCAAGAAAAAGGUGGAAAAGUCGUGAAAGAGACCACCGAAACGACGACACUACGCGUCUCACACGACACGCGCAUGGGUGUCGCGUCGUACAAGCUCGUUUCCAGUACCAUAACUGACCACACGGAUGACGUAGACAUUCGCGAGGUGCAAGAUUUAAAUCGAACGAUCUUAGCCGACGGUUCGGCAGCAUGUGAAGAUCUACAAACUCACCGCGAAGAGCACACCUACGCGUCGCCGAGUAAUCUGGCGAGUUAUCACCAAUCAGUGGCUACAAACGGCCACUGCAGUGACGUCGACGACGAACUGGUAAAGAUCGAAGAGAACAAAUUUGAUGUGCCACUGCAAAACGGUGGCACGGAGGACGACCACGAGUUACUGACGAUGAUGCGUACGGUAAGUGAGGAUUUGGACGAUCAGUGCAACUCUUCCGUGCAAGAGCUCAUUAGAAUAUCAAACUCUGGCUGUACUACGUCGUCCUCUGCUGCUCUUUCCUCUGCUGUCGACGAGUUUCAGUCUAUGUUGCCUGCUCCCAUUUCCAUCUGUGAAUUCUGUAAAUCGCCGAGCAGCAGCGUGAAGAUAAUGGUGAACGGUUACGAGGAAGCGAACGUCGACGAUGGGGCGACGAACGGCGAUGUCACGCGUCAGGAUAUCGUUGACGAGGAGACGACGACAACGACAACGACAGCGACGACGAAGAAGCCGGGUACCAAGCCGAAGACUACCACCAUCGGGACCAUUGCCCUGCAGAGCGGAGGCACCAGGCUUGUCAUUGCUCUUCUUGAAAGCGGAGAGUACUUGCGGUUAAAAGUUUUGGAGAUACAGCCAGAAUUAACGAAACUUGGUGUUUCGCCGGACGAAGCGAAAGAACUGUUACACGCCCACGACGAAGUAUUGCUCCGACUGCAGAACAAGCAAAGUCCGGUGGAAGAAUUAUUGAGGCAGGCUGACCACGUUAUAUCGUCACAGAAACCGAAAGCAGAGGUGUACAAAGCGAUGGCCGAAACGUUGGCUGCAGCCUGGAAGGACGUAAACGAUCUUCUCGAACGGCGGAAGGAUAUUUUGGAGCGAAAUGUACUUUUCCAAUGUCAAGCGGAAGAUUGUCGAGAAAGUAUGAAGGCACUAGAAAUGGCUUGCAACGAUGCGCAUUUACCAAUCGACAUUGAAUCCGUGAAAAAUUUGGUGAAAAAGCUUCACGAAUUGCGAAAAACAAUGCUCGAAAUGCUGAUGGGUGCAUUGAAAGAUGGUAAAAUAUUAUUGGAUAGGUUACGAGAUAUUUCGAACGAAGGAUCCUUAGACUCGAGGCCUGAUCGGAUAAAAGCUGAUGCUGAUUCGGCGAUACAUAAAGUGGAAAAUUGGCUGGAAGAGUUGCACGACAAAAGGCAUCAGAUUGAGAUUCUGUUUCGCACUAGAAAAACUCAACUAGAGCAAUGUCUCGGACUUGCACUUCUCGCAACGGACCUUCGCGAGCUCGAAGAUAUGCUCAGCGAUCGAGUAAACGCUCUGUCGAACAGCAGUGAUGUCCUUGGUGACUCGUCUGCCAGUGCUGAGUUGUUACUCCAUGAGCUGAGAAAAUUGCAGGUUGAAGCUAAGGAAAUCCAAGAUAAAGCCUUAAAAAUAACAAAGUCGACGGAGUAUUUAGCGUCGUCCGGGCAUUUCGCCGGCGAACAGGCAACCCAACAAGCAUAUGCGAUACUCGGCACGGCGGCCGAUUAUAUCAACGAUCUCGAUCAAUACGAGCUUCUGCUUAAUCGUGCUCUUGCAUUUUUCGAAUCUGCGCGAUCGGUCUUCACAAAACUGGAUCAGAUGGAGAUCCAGCUAGCCACGACUGAGCAUCCUCAGCGUUCAUCAAGUCUUUCUCGUCUUCACUCGCAAGCGUGCAAAACCUUAGAGGACAUCACGGCUGCGCCCCUGGCAGAAGGCUACGCCUUGCUUGAUGUCACGGGAAGAGGCGCGCCUGGUGCCGAGGGCAUCAAACGUACGGUCGAAGAAAUGGAGGAUCGCAAAAUACGACUGCUCGAACGAUGCACAGCUCAUCGAGAAGAAAAUGUCCGCAUCUCACGAUGCCUCAGCGAUUUCCUUGAAAAAUACGACGAACUUUCGAACUGGCUGUCGGGCAUCGUAGAAGCCUUUCUCAGGGGUCAUCAAGACAUGGGAAGUGACUUGACGAUGGCUCGCGAUUUUUACAGGCUCCACGUGCAACUUCUCGAAGAUCUCGACAAACGGGCAGACGAAGUGCGAAAGAUGGGCCGUGAUACCAUUCCCGAUGAAAUAGUUGAUCACCUACAAGAGUCUGAACGAGCGGAUAUUGUCGACAAAGUCGAGGCUUUGAGAAGUUCCUGGAGUAUGUCGAGAACUGCACUGGAGGCACGAUUAAAGUUGGCUUCGAUGUAUGUUGAAUUCCAUCAAAUGGCUGCUAAUGUAAAUGAAGAAUUUGAUCAGUUUGAGGCAGAGCUGAAGAAAUAUUCUGAAAAUAUGAAUGAUGAGCAAAUGAAAGAAUUGGAGAAGAAUUGGAGUAACUUGCAACCAAAAUACGUAGAGCUUACAAGCACGGCGAAGAAAUUUUUAGAUGAAAGUUCCAAGAUCGUUGACUCUUACCUCGAUGUGCCACGAGCUUGCCUUUGCAUAAAAUCAGUACUAGAAAAGUUUGCUAACAAACAAUUGACUACAACGCAGCAGUAUGAGAAUACCAUAACCACGAUAGCGAUUAAGAAAGAACUUCGAAUAGAACAAGAAAAACGAAUACAAGAAAGUGCCAAGACAAUCGAAACGGUAUCAAAAUUCAGGGAACAGUUGUAUCCAGUGAUAACGUGUCAAUCGUCUAAACCACAAGAUGUUUUGAAGAACCUCGAAAAAUCGAAAAUCAAUAUUCUUCCAGAACUAGGUCAAGCAGUCACGGAAUUGGAUGCGCGAAUAAAAAAUAUUGAAAGUAUCGAUCUCCAAGAAAACAAGUUCAACACAACGGUGAAGAAACAAUUGUACGAAGUGUCCGAGCGGCUACGGUCGGCUUCAUCAGAUUAUAAAAGCCUCCUCGAUGAUCUCAUCUCUGUGUUUGAGAAAUUUUCGCAGGUGGAGCACGAAAUUGAAUUCGAGCGCAAAAGCGUUGAAUCUUCGUCGACUUUCAAUCGAGAGUCGCUCCACGAGGUGCGAUCGCUUCUGGAACGACUCGAAGCCGUUAGCCGAUCGAUAGCCGAUCAUUUCAAACGAGCCAAACAAGAAUCGGAACGAAUUAUUCUUAAGAUUGGAAAUCUGGAGCCUGACGACACUGCUCGUCAAGAUAUCGAGAAAGUUAACCAAGCUUUUAGGCUGACGGUCGACGAAUGGAAUAAUUAUUCCACAGCGACGAGGACCAAGUUGCAAGAGAGAUUAGAUUUCUGCUUGUUUGGGGAUGAUUUGGAUAAGAUCAAUGCCGAGUUGAAGGACCUAGCUGAGCAACUAAGCACUAUUAGUGGAUGGCUCGGGGAAAGUCUUUCUUCGGCAAAAGGAGCUUCAGAAGCUUUCGUACAGUUCGAGAAAACUUUGAAUAUUUUGGUCUUGAGGAUUGACGAGUUCAUCAGAAAUACAGAAGUAAACGUUGGCAAGAACUUACCGAAAAUUCAGAACGAGUUGACUGGUUUACGAAGCAAAUUGAAAACGCUGAAGAAUCUUACGGAUAAUACAAGAAAAAAAAUCAAUUUGAGCAUCGAAUACUUCGAAUUGUUAGAAGAAGCCAAAGAAUGGUUUAAAGAAGGAAGCAAGUUACUUAUCGCUGUAGCGAGAAAGGCUACAUCUGUCAAAUCCCCUGACGAUGCUAAUAGCUUACUCCAAGAUAUCGAUUUCUUUUUGAAACCUGGCGAAGAAAAGCAAGAGAAACGUAUCGAGAAAAUUCGAGAAUUGUCUACGAAGAUAUUUGGUACGGAUCGCCUGCCCCAGUUUCAAGAAGUAGUUACCGAAAAUCGUGAGAUGCUCGACUCCUUCGCAGUAAUCUCGUCCGAACUUCGAACCCUCGGUGAUAAUCUGCGCAAUGCCGAGGAUUUACGUGAAAAAUUAAAACGUGAACGCGAAGAAGCCGAUGCGCGCGUAAAAGAAGCUGAAGCGGCAGCUGCACAAGCGGAAAGUGCACGUCUAGUUGCUGAACGGCUAACAGCUGAGACGUUAGAACGUGCAGCUGAAGAAGCGCGUAAACUUGCUGAGAAGGAAGUAACAAGUGCAGCUGCGCAAACUGAUAGUAUUUGCGAGGUUGACGAGGUACCGAAGAGGAGCGUUAUUGAGUCCUCUGUCAAGAAAGAGAUUUAUAUUGUAGAAAAGACUGAGAUUGAGGAACAACAUAUCUCCACUAUCAAAAAAGAAGAAACACCAAUAGUCGAGCCCGUUGAUGCAAUAGUGAAGGAAACUCAAGUUACCGAAGCAUACCAGCCAGAAUCGUCACCCAUUCCGAUUAAGGUUCCUACAAAGCCUGAAUUUAUAGUUCCACUUUAUGAUGCGACAAUACAGGAGGGGGAAAAAUUCAUAUUUGAAUGUAGAAUUAAUGGCCACCCACAACCGAAAAUUAGUUGGCAUAAAGAUGGUCUUCCAAUUGCUAAUAAUCCCGAUUACUUGACAAGUUAUAGUGAAGAUGGACUAUGUACUCUUACAAUUGAGGAAACUUUUACGGAAGAUUCGGCUAAAUUUUGCUGCAAAGCUACCAAUGAGUCGGGAGCUGCUGAAACUGAAGCUUUUCUGAAAGUUAAAGAAACAUCACCAGACGAGCAAUUAACUCCACCGCUGUUCGUAAAAGAGCUAAAUCCGUCAUUCGCGAGUGAAGGUUCCGCUUACGAACUAGAAUGUAAAGUACAGGGUAAUCCAUUGCCUACGGUCCAGUGGUUUAAAAACGACAAGAACAUCGAUAAUUCACCAGAUUAUACAAUGACGUAUAAUAACGGCGAGGCAAUUCUCAAAUUUGAGGAAGUGUUCUUCAGUGAUCAGGCCGAGUACACGUGCAGAGCUGCUAAUAAGAUUGGACAAGCUGCGACCUCAACCGUACUCAUAGUGGAAGCUUUAAAACCGAGUGAAGAUGAAGCUUUCAUCAUCGAAUUGCCAACCAUCACUAAACCUCCAUCAAACGUCACAGUUAAAGCUGGCGAAUCAGUGAAACUUGAGUGCGAAGUGUGUGGAAGUCCACCGUUUACCUUUACCUGGAGCCACGAUGGAAAGGUUCUGGAAAAUAUUGAAGCUGUCACGAUUCGUUCGGACGAGGCAUACGGUAGAAGUAGCCUCGAGUUCAGCCAAGCAAACGAGGCGUCUGCGGGUGAAUACGAGGUGACGGCGAGCAACGCAGCCGGCGAAGCUCAAGCCGGCUGCAACGUCGCCGUCAAGGUCGUCGAGGAGCAGCAACAGCUACCAGCUAAGAAAUUACAGGAACAACUGCCCGUCAAGAAUAUGGAGCCAAAGGCGCCGCGAGUUCAACUGCCUCUCAAGGAUAUCGCUGUUGCCGAGGGUGCUAGUGCCAGGCUCGAUUGUAUCAUCGUCGGACAGCCUGAGCCUGAGGUCAUUUGGUAUCAUGCAGAUCGUCCCGUUAAAGAAUCAGCAGACUUUCAACUGCUGUUCCAAGGUGAUAGAUGUUCGCUAGUGAUUCAUGAAGCAUUUCUCGACGAUGCUGGUGUUUAUAAAGUGGUUGCCAUCAAUUCUGGCGGCGAGGCAUCGAGUGAAUGUUCCCUCACUGUAACACGUAAGAAAAACAGAAAAAAAACCGAGAGUUUACCAAAGUUUACCAAACUUCUAACCGAUUUGCUGAUUGCCGAAGGUGAAGAAGCAAAGUUUGAGUGUGAAGUGACAGGUGAACCAAAACCUUCGGUCAUUUGGUAUCUAAAUAGUGAACCAAUAGUAGAAAACGACCGCAUCAGAAUUCAGACGGACGAUAGUGGACGUAGCGUGUUAAGGAUUUUCCCAUUGUUACCUGACGACAAAGGCAAUUACACGGCCAAGGCGACCAAUCGCGUGGGCGAAGCCAAGGCUUUCGCCAAACUCGUGGUUAAAGUUCUCGGUGUCAAGGACGACGCCGUGCAGAUGGAAGAGAAGCUUGUGCCACCUCAUUUCAAAGAGAGGUUUGAUAGCAGAGUCGUGCCCGAAGGCGUCACGACGAAGUUUGAGUGCAUAGUUCUUGGCAAACCAGCUCCAAAGAUCCAGUGGUUCUUCAAUGAGAAGCCAGUACAUGGAAAAGACUUUCUGGUAUCCGUUAGUGGUGAUCGUCAAGUGUUAACCAUUCCGGAAGUGGGCAGCAAUCAUGUAGGCAACAUUUCCUGCGUUGCGGAAAACGCAGCUGGAAAAGCUGUAUGCGAAGCUAAAGUCGAAAUCGGAGGAGGAACGUAGGAACGUACAAGACGUGGAGGGGUCAAAGCGGAGGAGGGGCUAAUUGAGAUACCGAAUAGCGAAGCAACGACAAUGCAGGCGUCAAGCAGUAACGACAAGUUCUUCGUGAGCGAGAGGACGGGUGGUGAAGGGCCUGGAGAUAGUAACCAAUCGACUACCACCACAAAAACGUCCUCGUCAAUCGUCGAAUCGUCCACCAUGCACACCACCAUGAAAAAGGAAUACGUCACAUCCACCAGCUCCUCAACUUUAUCCAGCUGCCCAGCUGCUCAUCAGCCACCUACCAGUGUGUGUUUGAAGAAAAUAUCUCAAAGUCACGAGCAGUCGAGCACUCAUAAUGGAGCACCACCUGUUGUUCAAUCACAAAAAAUUGAAGAGGUUGAACAGAUUGUGCAAGAAUCACCUGACGAAAUUCGCCAAGAAAAGACGGUUAUUGUUACCCAAGACACGGGAGGCACGAGGCAAAAAGAACGUAUGCAUCAAGUUCAAGUUCAAAAGCCUUGUAGAAAACAAACGGCGCCUCGUUUCGUUUCACCUGUCACCGGAAUGAUCGUCGACCAAGGAGCUGACAUCGUACUAGAAGGAAUCGUAGAUGGUUUUCCACUUCCGACAAUCACAUGGACAAAAAAUGGACAGGAAGUGCAAUCGUACAAUGGAAUUAAAAUUAGCUAUGACCACAACCAUGUAAAAUUGGAAAUAAAAGAUGUCAAGGUUAAGGAUGCUGGUCGGUAUACGUGCACAGCAAGAAACGAUGUGGGAAGUUCAAGUAGUACAGCUGAUCUAGUCGUAAAAAAAACUAUCUUUCCUCCUGUAUUCGGAAGAAGACUUCAAGCACAAGUAGUCAAAAAAGGUGAUAGAGUAAUUAUGGAGGUUGAAAUUACCGGAACACCUACACCUGAAGUGACAUGGUACAAAGACGACGAACCGAUUAUUGAGCCAGAAUACACGAUGAAAAAGCAAGCGAAUUCAUAUUAUUUGCUUAUUGAUAAAGCGGAAAAAGAGCAUGCAGGAAAGUACAUGGUUCGAGCUUCAAAUGCUGGUGGAGAAGCACAAAGUAUUGCUGACUUUGCAGUAUUUGAACCAACGCCAGAUACAAUGGUAGAAAUGCACAAGACUCUGGUUUACGAAAAUAUUCAAGAUAAAAAUGCUAGAAAACCUACCGAUAUACCUGGCGCAAAUCUUACUACGGAACAAAUAACGACGACGAUGAUUCAGCCAAGUGCUGCAAUUAAAACUCCUUUCCCUCCUACAUCCGCAUCCUCUACGAUCCGAACCAUUAAAUCAGAAACUACUGAAGAAGUUCAGAAAGCAUCUCGUACCGAAAUGAUAUCUUCUUCAAUCGAAUCUCAUAAAAGCGAAACGAAAUCAGAGCAAAAGUUCCAUAUGAAACUUGAACACAAACCGGCACCUUUCGAUGCAUCAUCACGAGAAGAAAAAAUCGAAACUACUCAAACAACUAUUGGAGGUCAAGAUGUCGUUGAUCAAACGACUGAAGUGACUGAAAAUGAAAAUAUAGAAACGUCAACUAUGGCUAAAAAGGAUGCACUUCAUUUCUUCGAAUCUAUGUCGAAAGGAAGUGAUGAUAUUUUAAAAGGACCGAAAGAUAUGAUUAAAUUGACCGAUGAAGACGAUGGUACAGGUCCUGGAUGUGACGUUCGAGUCAAUCAAUUGACUAAAAAUUAUGAACGUUCAACCAAAUUUGAAGAAGCAGCUCGUGAAGUUCCAAAACCUGAUAUAGCAGCUGGUAAAAAAGUUGUGCAAGACAUUUUCAACAAGUUUGAAAAAUGUUCAUCGAUUACUCGUGGCGUAGAUAAUACCUUAUUCGACUUUCCAUAUGAAGAGCACAAAUUGGCUCCUUUAUCAUGCACUCGUACAAUACUUGAAGAUGUAACUGCAUCAGGAUCGCCCAUUCAUGGUACAUUGACAAUUUCAAAGUUAGCGGCACAAUCAGAAAGUGCUGAAGCUAUGUUGAAAGGUUUCAAUUUGGUACCUGAACCGCCUCCUGAAAUUGGUUAUGCACCUAAACCAGAUGAAGGAUUGAAAUGUCGUCAGGAUGUUUCAUUCAAGGCUAAGCAGUUACAAGAAUCUUUUGAAAAUAGCAAAUCUCCAAUUGAAGCACCCAUUGGAGGGGUCAAGAUAUUUCCAACUGCACCACCAAAAAUUCAAUCAAUACCACAAGAAAAAUCGCCAACUCGUCCUUUAUCGAUCCCACCACCAUUUGAGCUAAAUAAGAAUGAAAAUUUAGACCAACGUAAUAUUUCAACAACAUAUUCUGAUAAGAAAGAAUGGACCCUACCUGAUCGAGAUUAUAGAGUAUCUUCAACACAGUCGAAACAAGAAAUAGAUAUGAAGCCAGAAUACCGCAUGACUCAGACUACUAUUGAAUCAUCAAGUUCUUUAGAAAAAAAAUCUUUUGGUUCGAAAGAAAUAAAUGUUACCGAAAAUAAGUACGAACCACCACCUUCACCACCAAAACCUAAACCAAUAAUUUAUAAAGCUGAAACAACCAAAGUAGGCCAUACUAUAAAUACGAUUGAAGAAAAGUCCGUAACAGAGAAAUAUACCGCAGAAUGCGAUGUGCAUAAGUCCGAAACAACGGAAAAGAAGUACGAAUCAAGUAGGAAGCAAACAUCUAGACCGUGGCCUGAUUCUAAAGAUACUGACUUAAAAGCUCCUAGACUAGUCAAGAGUGUAUCAGAUUUCUCAAAACCUGUAGUCAAAAUGUAUCAUACAGCUGCUGCGUCACCAUUGAAACCAGGGUCACCUCCAGAAAUGGGUUAUGCUCCUAGUCCAUAUACACAAGAGCAAAAGGUUGAGACAAUAGAAAAAAUAUGUCAUAAAUCGUCAGAUCAAAAGCCAGCACAUGUUCCUCACUGUGUAGCAAAAUCUGCAGCACUACCCAUAUUUUCAAAGAAGACUGAAGAAUAUAUAACUAAAGAUUACAAAGUUAGUCCACCACGUCAGCCUCAGUCAACCACAAAAAAAUACUCAAAAAGCUCAUUUUACAGCGAAAGUGAUUACGAAUCUGAACUUGAUAAUGCUCACAAGGCGGGAUAUAGGCAUGUUCAAGCUCCUGUUACUAAGCCAUGUUACAGGGCUAAAUCUACAGAACCGGAACCUCUACCACCUUCAAGUUUUGAGGUGCCAUCAACAAAUCUUACAGGUCCACCAAGACCAACUGUAACUCCAGAUCUGACUGAAUCGAAAAAAAUAUCUUCAGUAUACUCUGAAAAAGAUUCCAGAUCAUAUCAGAGUCAGCAAUAUGGAACGUUACCUAAACCUGGCUCUCCUCCGGUUUAUGUUCAACCUACUAAACCAGCUACUAAACCAUUGAAACCAGUGUCACCAAAAUUUCAGACAAAAACCUUCCAAAAAGAAAGUGGAUAUAUGGCUGACACCGAUGAGCCACUUCACAUGCAGCAACGCAAACAAUUUUCAGAAUCAUGUUCUUCGUUCUCCGAAACUAGAUCGAGCUUUAUGGAAAGUAAAAGUUACAGCAGUAGUCUGGAUAAAAAAGACAACACCUCUUCCUCAUUUUCACAAACCCAAUCCUAUUCCAGUAUACCCAAAACUGAAAUGCAACGUUCAUCGUUUGUAGAGAAGAUAACCGAGAAAUCACCUGCAUCACGAUUCAGGCCAGCUCCUGCAAAGGAAACAUCACAUGUGUCGCAAACGCAGUCGAGAUUCUCAAAGGGUGAGUUCCGUGAAAGUGAUUAUGAAAGUGACUUUGAUAAUAGUAGGAUAUCAUCAUCCUGGAAACCACAAACAUCGAUCCAAUCACCAUUUUUAUCAUCUGCUCAAUCAUCUGCUCAGACUAUUUCGGAUACAAAAUCAUCAUCAUCAACAAUAAAAUCAAUGAAAUCAUCCUUUUCUAGCUCAGGAACCCCAACGACAGCAGCUCCUUUGUCGUUUGGCGAAACGAAGAAGGAGACCGUCAUCAUGAGAGACAAGUCGACGAAAGCAGACAGACCUAGACCCAAAUCGGUACUACUUCCUGGUUCUCCACCAGAAAUAGCAUACGCUCCACCUCGACAAUCCUAUUAUGAGGGACAGAGUGGAAUGCCAUAUCAUAAUGCAGUUGGCACAGAAAUGAAAAAGACUGUUCGCAUGGACGAAUCGACGGAAAAUACAAGGAGAAUAGUGACGGUCGAACAGACCAGUCGAGUAAUUAAAUUUGGAGAGAACCAAACGCAGCAUGAAAUGUAUAAACAGCAAUUUCAUGUACCACAACAAAAGCAGCAACAACAACAAAAGCAACAACAAUAUCAACAGCAACAGCAGCAACAACAAUAUCAACAACAGCAGCAGCAAAAACAAUAUCAACAACAGCAGCAACAAACAUAUAAACAACAACAACAGCAACAACAAUAUCAACAACAGCAGCAGCAACAUAAGAGAAGUUCUUAUAAAGUACCAACUCCCACGAAAUUUGUACAGGGACAUUUCCGUGAAUCUGAGUACGAAAGCGACGCGGAUAGUAGAAGAAUUAGAGCCAAAUGGGCACCUAGUGAAAGUGAAAGCGAAGAACCACAAUAUCGCAAAGUUCAACCUCCGAAACCGCAUAUAACCAGGUCGCCUAUAAUCACUAUGCCGCCUAGUGAAUCUGAAGCUGAAAAAUCCGAGAGUGAAAGGUAUUACAGUCGUAUAGAAUCGUCUAGAAGUCGACAUUCUCAAGCUGACGACUACAAUCUCAAGCCAGGAUCACCACCAGAGUUUGCAUAUGCACCAGGACAUGAAUUCAAGAAAACCGCCAAUCACAUAGCCUCGAAGCACAUAAGUGACAUGACCAGCAGCUUCAAAUCGAAAACAGAGAAAUUCGCUAGCGAAAUUCAGUCUGAUUUAAAGAGUCGAAGCAAACCUAUUCUCAAACAAUCAUCAAGGGAUACCGGCAGCACCACUGUUGCUGGGGAUGAACCCAGAACGUAUAGGGAAGAAUCCAGGGUCGCGCAGUAUGGCACAAAGCACAUCGAUCCAGACACGGGCUUAAUCUACUUCAAGUACGAUUUUGGUUACGAGUUUGGUAUCGUAUUUCCCGGUGAAGGCAAACGUACUGUAACGAGCAGCAAUCAAAGUUACAAGGGCCAGCGUAAGCCUGGCGACAUUGAUGUACCAAUUGUGCACGAAUUCACUCAUAAGGAGAACGGUUACGCCAAAUCUACAUCGCAAAACUAUUGCAACACUUUUCCUCGUAAAUCGGCUCCUAAGUAUAGUAAAACUGUUAAAUGGGAGCCUCCUUCCGAAAGUGAGUUCUCUGAGGCUGAGGAGGUUCGCACCAUUGUUAAAAAUGAAAGUACUAGCAAUCGGAUGUCCGCGCCUCCUAAUCUAUCAAUACCAAAUUCACCAUCUCCAAGAUGGGAUCCAACUUCACCAAGUCCAGCCUCACUCAGCCCGAGUUUGCCAAACUUCAGCCCGCGUUAUGGAAGCGGUCCCAGUAACGUCAAUUCGACGCCAGGUUCUCCAUGGUCAGGAACCAAUGGUGAAAGAAUAAUUCCUGUUGCCUCAGAAGUUGUCAAACCAUACAUAGAAAUUAUCCCAAAAAAGGCACCUUUAUUCAUAACGCCACUUAGAGACAUUGCUGUAGUCAGUGGUCAAACUGCACGAUUUGAAUGCAUAGUUCAAGCUGAACCGCAACCAAAUAUCCUAUGGUCGAAAGAUGGUAGGAUAAUUGAAAAUUCAAUCAAUGCUGAUCUGUACUAUCGAAAUGGCGUUUGCCGUCUCACUUUACCACGAACAACGCCAGAUGAUGCUGGCAGCUAUACUUGUACAGCAACAAACAGCCUAGGUUCAACCGCGACAUCCGCGAGCUUGCAAGUACCAGAAAUGUUGGAACCAUCAACAGAAUAUGAGCAGAAAAAUAAAUGUUACCUAGAUAAAAUGUCAAGAUUUGUAGCUCUCAAGGAUCUUUUCCUGUCUCCGGAAAUUCAUAUCAAAAGCACUAGUCUUUUCCAAAAUAGUAAUUCUAAAAAAACAGAACUUUGGAAAUUUAGCAAUGAAAGAUUAUAUCAUGAAUCAGGAGACAUCGAUGAUGUAACUCGACGUCUUGAGUUUUCAGAUACUGAUACGUCUGUUAAUUCUAAUGACGAUUCGAAUAGUGUGCCACCUUUAAAAUACGCAUUUCAAAAUUCUUUAGAUAAUGAUCAAAAUAUUUGUGUUUCACCAAUGCCAAAUGGUAUCAAACAACUUCCUUUAUCAGAAAAGGGUAAAACUGAAUAUGUACCCCCUAGUCAAAAGAUUUCUGAUCAACUGUAUCAAUAUAAAUCAUCUUCAUUUGAUACGAUUGAAAACUUUAAGGUUCUUCCAAUUGUCGCAUUUGAAAACCAACUUCUACAUAAUAAAAACUACCGGGAAUCAAUCACUAAAUUUAACGCAAGAACAUUUAAUUCAGGAAUCGAUACCACAACUAAUGAAAGUCCAGAAUUAUUUGAACCACCAAAAAUUCUGCAAAAACAUAAAUGCUCUAGAUUUUUAAAAGGCUCCAAUGGUAUCUUUUUUACAAAGAUAUCUGGUAAUCCCAAUCCAGUGGUAACUUGGUUGAAAAAUGGUCAGCGAUUAAUUGGAUCGCAACACAUCGAGAUCACAGGUACAGAUCAAGAAUUGCAACUAAAAAUCAAUGACGUUGUUCCAGAAGAUAUUGGAUAUUAUACUUUAGUAUUAGAGAAUCAGUACGGGGUAACGCUUAGCUCUGCCUAUCUAACAGUAGAAUCACCUGAUCAAAUUGAUUAUGUGCCUAUACCAUUUACUAAAGACUCAGUUGAAGCAAUUUGCCCGAAUAUUUUCAAAAAUUCACAAAAUAUAAAACUACUUCCUUCAAAAUUAAUUAAUACCAAUGUAGACUCGUGCAAUGUAAUUGAAGGAGAAAUGACAAAAUUUAAUUGUCAAACAAUCGCUUAUCCAUCUCCUGAGGCCACCUGGUAUAUUAAUGAUAAUACUAUCGUCAUUGAUGAAACACAUGAAAUUCUAGUCGACGAAAGAAAUAAUAGUUCACUUUUGACAAGCAAUGUUGGUCCAUUGGAUCAUGAAAUCGUUGAAGGUAGAGCUUGUGAUGAAACUGGCGAAUCGUCUUAUAUUAAAACUUUCACACCGCUGGUUGCUGGGCAAAAGGGUGAAAUGCCAUUUUCAACUAAUCCAAAAAUGCAAAUAUCUUCAAAUAAUGAAUCUUCAAAACUACAUGUUGAAGAGAUGGCAGUUGACGAUAUAAAUUGGUUUGAAUCUACAUCUCCUAAUAUAGCUGAAUCUACUGUGAAUGAAAAACACUUUAUUAAUAAGUCACUAAAAGAAUCUAUUACGAGUUCUUCAAAACCUACGCAUCAGCCAAAAGAAAAAUCAGAAUUUAUACCAUCAGAUGAUUAUGAAAUUGUGAGUUUUCAUCGUGAAAUAAUCUCAAAUUCAGAAAAAUGUUCUCCAGAAUCAAAUGAAGUUUCUGCUAAUGUAAACGAUGAGCGACAAAUUUCUCAGUUUAAAGUUGCAAAUUCACAACAAACAACAAAUCUCGAGAAGUUAUCUUCUCAACGGCCAAUAUUCACUCGAAUGCUCAAAGAAUUAGGAGAAUUGCAAGAAGGUCGCAAUGCUCACUUUGAAGCUCAACUAACUCCUAUAAGUGAUCAAACAAUGAGAGUAAUGUGGUACAAAUAUAAAAAACCAAUUACAGCUGAUUCCAGAAUUAGCACUAUUUUCAACUUUGGCUAUGUAUCGUUAAAUAUAAUGAACCUGCGGAUAGAGGAUUCUGGAUUUUAUUCUGUUCGAGCUGUCAAUCGUUUAGGGGAAGCUACAAGUUCAACAUUUUUAAAAGUCCUGGCAAAUACGGAACAUUCGACAGACUUGGAUACAGAUAAUCACUGUUAUCUGAAAAUUGAUGAAGUAUCAAAAAAUAAUGAAAAGGUCAAGCCUGAGGUAGUUCACACCAACUCAUUUUUAAAGAAUGACAAUCUUUCAAAUUUAAGAAAAAUUCCGACAACUGAACUCUUUGAAAGUAACACAUGCUUUACUAAAGAUAAUGAAAAAAUUAGUGAAUUUCCUAGAUUUAUAGGAGAGUUAAAAAGAACACAUGAAAUAAGAGAAGGACAGAGAGCCCAUUUCGAAAUUUGUAUUAAACCACAAAAUGAUAAAACAAUGAAAGUUGAAUGGCUGCAUAAUGGAAAACCAAUUCCUACUGCUAAUAGAAUUCAAAUGUACUAUGCCUUUGGAUAUGCUGCUAUCGAUAUUCAUGAAGUACGAUCGGAAGAUGUAGGUACAUAUACUGUCAUAGCACGAAAUAAUCUGGGAGAAAUAUUUUCAACUACUGAUAUGAUUGUUACUUCUCUUUCUAUUCCAGACAUGAGAGCUAUACAUCCUGGAGUUUGUUUAAAAACUGAAAGUCUUAGGAAUAUGAAAUUGGCAGAACUUCAACACGAAUUUGCUGAAACUAUACAUUCUAAACCUGUGUUAGCACGCUCAUUAAGUUCCGAUCGAUUUACUUCUAAAACGAAAAAUAUUGAUUCUGAUACAUAUCGAAAGUUUGAAUGUAUUGAAGAUAUGGAACUAGUUAAAUCUCAACGUCAACUUAAUGUAACUGUAGAUUGCAAGUCAACAUUUGCUCAACCUUUGGAUUUUAAUAAAUAUAACCUACUUGAUAACAAUGAUAUAGAAUUUACUGAAAUAUCACCUCAAACUGGUCAAAUUUUAGAUGAAAUUGUUAAUAAUCAAUCCAAACCUUCUGCUACCCAUUCGCAUUUACCUGAAAACUUAUCAAGACGUAAAGAAGAUCAACGAAAAGAAAUAAUUGUCAACCAAGUUCCACAAUUUACUCGGCCUCUUCGCAAUAUCGAAACUGUUGAAUUAACAAAUGUUCACUUGGAAUGUCGUUUACAGCCUGUUGGUGAUACAUCGAUGAAAGUAGAUUGGUUUAUCAAUGGUAGACCUAUUAGAACUGGGUACCGUUUUAGACCAUCUAAUGAUUUCGAUUAUGUGGGACUUGAUAUUUUAGGAGUCUAUCCGGAAGAUUCAGGUAUUUAUACUUGUCAAGCACGUAACCGACUUGGUGAAGCAGCAACUUCAUGCACAGUUAAAGUGCAAGGUGGUUUGGAUUUAGUACUGGAAUCGCAGCAUCCUGAAAUUCUAAGACAUAUUAAGUACUUAGAAGAUGCAAGGAGAUGUAAGAGGCCUGAUAUUAUCGAUGAGUUUGUAAACGUCCAACCUAAAUUUAUAACUCAUCCGAAAAAUCAAGAAAAUUUAAACGAAGGGCAGAAUGCUCAUUUUGAAUGUAAAUUAGAACCAGUUACAGAUUCGAAUUUGAAAGUAGAAUGGUACAAAGACAACAAACCGAUCACUAUAGGACAUCGAUUCCGUCCAAUGCAUGAUUUUGGCUACGCUGCUCUAGAUAUCAUAAAUUUGAUUGUUGAGGACUCGGGUACGUACACAUGUAGAGCUGUGAAUUUGGUUGGAGAAGAUAUGGUGAAUUGUACAUUACAUUGCAAUCCAAGCUAUCAUAUAGUAUCUGAUACUCACAAUGAAAGUGGGCUUGAAAAGAUUCUUAAUCUUGAAGACAAAGUGAAAUAUCAUUCAGUAGAAAGUGUCGAUGAAAUAACUGCUCAAGCUCCUGUUUUCACAGCUUCUUUGAAUAAUGUUCAAAUCACAGAAGGCCAACGAGCGCAUCUCGAAUGUAGAUUGAUUCCAGUUUCAGAUUCCACUAUGAAUAUAGAAUGGUUCCAUAACAAUACACCUGUUAAAACUGGAUCUCGUUACGUUGAAGCGAAUAAUUUUGGCUCCGUCACUUUUGAUAUCAUAUGUGCGUAUCCAGAAGAUACAGGAUUGUAUACUUGUCAGGCUAAAAAUGCAAAUGGAGAGGCUAUUACCUCUGCAACUGUAAUUGUUGAUUCCAAAACAUCAAUUAAUAAUGAAACUCAAAAUAAAGAAGCUUUACAAAAAAUACAAGAACUGGAAAACAUUCCUCGUCGUCCACGUAAAACUGUUAAUAAAGAAACCGUUACACAAGCACCAGUUUUUACAGUACCUAUUAAAGAUAUACAUUCGAAUGAAAAUAAUGGAGUACUUUUUGAAGCUCGAAUCAUUCCCGUAGGUUAUUCCAACUUAAAGCUUGAAUGGCUACGUAAUGGCGUACCGAUUCCGGCAUCAAAUCGUAUCACGGCAGUACAUGACUUCGGUUACGUAGCUUUAAACAUGAAAUACGUUAACCCAGAAGAUGCUGGAACUUACACGUGUAGAGCUAUUAAUGAUCUUGGUGAAGCUGUCACGUCAGCAACUUUGUUUGUUCGACCGAAAGCAGCAUUACAAACUGAGUCUCGUUAUGAAGGUGUUUUACCAAAACUCCAAACUUUGGAAGAUAGAAGGAAUCAUUCAAAAUAUAAUGAAGUGGAAUUAGUAAUCACUGAAAUACCAAAAUUUACUGUUGAAGUUAAUGGGCCUGUAAACUUAGUAGAAGGCGAAAACGUACACUAUGAAUGUUGCAUCGAACCCUACCCUGAUUAUAACUUAAAAGUCGAAUGGUUUCACAAUGGCCAACGCCUUCCAAUUGGAUACAGAUAUAGAACAGCAAAUAACUUUGGCUUUGCAUCACUCGAUAUUUUGUCAGUCCGUACUGAAGAUUCUGGCGUUUACACUUGCGUAGCGUCAAACCAUAUUGGACAAGCAGAAAGUACUAUUGAAGUUAAUAUAGAGCCUCGAAUAUCUGUGAUAAGCGAUUCAAAGCAUGAAGGAGCAUUAAAGAAAAUAGAACAACUCGAAGGUGGUUCAUUUCAAAAACGGCCUGGAGAUACAAAGUCUAUAGCGCCUGAAAAACCUAAAUUUGGGGUAUCAUUGAAAAAUAUCGAGCAUUUACCCGAAGGUGAAACUGCUCGUUUAGAAGCGACGUUAUCCCCGGUAAAUGAUGAAAAAAUGUCAAUUAAAUGGUAUAAAGAUGGAAAGUUAAUUCCUUCUGGACACCGAUUUAAAACUACUUGUGAUUUUGGAUAUAUCGCGCUUCAUAUUCUGUAUGCAUUUCCCGAAGAUUCUGGCACAUAUAUGUGUAAAGCUAAAAAUGCUGCUGGUGAAGCAGCCACUACUUGUAUUAUUAAUAUCGAUGAUAAACAAAGUGUUUAUGAUGGUACGAUGGAUGCUCGCCGACUCGAAAAAAUUCAUCUUUUUGAAAAUUCCAAAGCUAAAGUGAUUAUGGAAAAAGAAGAUAAACAUGAGAAACCAGCGUUUGUAUCUCCUUUGAAUAAUUUGGAACUUCAAGAAGGAGAACGAGCUCAUUUGGAGUGCCGUAUCGAACCAAUAAAUGAUACUAACUUGUAUAUAGAUUGGUUUAUUAACGGAAAACCAGUUAAAAUUGGUCAUCGUUUUAGAAAAACACAUGAGUUUGGGUAUGUUGCUCUUGACAUUUUGUAUACGUAUGCAGAAGAUUCAGGUAAUUAUAUGUGUAAGGCAACGAAUCUUGCUGGAGAAGCGGUCAACACUUGCAUAAUCAAUGUUGGUUCUCCUCAAAGUUUAAUAUUAGAAUCUUUAUAUCCGAAUGGAUUGGAAAUGAUAACAGAAUUAGAAGCUAGACGCCGACCAAUCAGCUUAGAAAUCCAAGAGCCUUCUAUAUGUCACCCUAGGUUAAUAAGCGAAUUACAAGGAACAACAGAAAUUCAUGAAGGUCAACCAGCUCAUUUUGAAUGUCGUAUUGAACCCCUGCAUGACGCUAAUCUUCGAGUAGAGUUUUUCCAUAACGAAAAACGUUUAGCAGAAGCAUCCAGAUUCCAUAUAACAUGUGGUUUUGGUUAUGUUGCAUUGAACAUUAGUCACGUAAUUCCAGAAGAUGAAGGACAAUACUUCGUACGAGUUAUUAAUGCUCUUGGUCAGUGCUUUUCCUCCAUUAAAUGCAGUGUAUUAAGAAAACAGAAUAUCAUCUCGGAGUCAAACAGACCUAAAGGAUUGGAAAAGAUUUAUGAACUUGAAUCUCAGUUACUACAUAAUAAACUUGAAGUUUCUAAACCAAAAACAAGACAAAGACCAAUCUUUACUCAACCAUUGCAGAAUAUUGAUAGUCUAACAGAGGGUCAGAUAGCUCAUUUUGAAUGUAAAUUAAUUCCAGUUGGGGAUACUUCAUUAAAAGUUGAAUGGUUCAGGGAUGAAAAACCAUUAGAAUUGAGUUCUCGAAUAACGAUAACCCAUGAUUUCGGCCAUGCAACUCUCAAUUUUGAUCACGUAAGGGAAGAAGAUGAAGGAAUUUACAUGUGCCGUGCUUCAAAUCUUAUGGGUGAAGCUAUAACGACCGCGUAUAUGAAAAUUUUACCAAAAGAAAAAAUCCAAUUUGGUACAAAAUAUCCUCAAAUACAUACUAAACUCUUACAAUUAGAAGAUAAACAAAUGUUCACUCCAUUACAAGAACUUGAAGAAAUUUAUGAAAAGCCAAUUUUUACACAAUUAUUGACUGGACCAUCAGCUGUGGUUGAAGGACAAAUCGCUCAUUAUGAAUGUAGAAUUGUGCCUGUUGGCGACUCAGAUUUGAGACUUGAAUGGCUAUUAAAUGGAAAUACACUUCAAAUGGGUUCUCGGUUUCGUGUCAACAACAAUUUUGGACUUGUUACGCUAGAUAUUUUAAAAGUUAUUCCCGAAGAUUCUGGAAUCUAUAGUUGUAAGGCUAUCAAUAGUGCAGGAGAAGCUCUAUCUUCGAUUCCUCUUAAGGUGAAAAGUCGUCCUAAUAUUGCUCUAGAUUCUAUUCAUGAAGAUGCCUGGCAAAAGAUACAACUCAAAGAAGCUGAAAGAAAUAAAGUUUCAGAAAUUUUUGUCGACGCAAUACCACAACAACCUCCAAUGUUUAUAACACAUUUGAAAAGCUAUGAUGAUUUAAUAGAAGAACAAAACAUUUGUUUAGAAGCACAAAUAGAGCCUCAUACUGACGCAAAUCUUCAUAUUGAAUGGUUCAAAAAUGGGGUGGCUUUACAAACAGGAACGCGUUUAAGAAGUACCUUCGAUUUUGGUUUUGCUUCACUGUUAAUUAAUGGAUUACGUCUAGAUGACUCAGGUUUAUAUACUUGUAAAGCAGCUAAUUUACUUGGUGAAGCAGUAUCAACGUGUAGUAUUAAGGUUAUCGAAGCUAAUUGGUUGAUAUGUGAUAGUUUACAUCCGAAAGCUAUAACUAAAAUUAGUAUGUUUGAACAUUCUCCAGAAAGCUUAGAAGAACAAUUCAAAUUAACAUACGGGGAACCAAUUUUUAUCCGUCAUCUAAAUAAUGUAGAAUGUAAUGAAGGUAAUACUAUUAUUUUUGAAUGUAAAAUAGAACCAUCUAAAGAUCCAUCAUUGCAAAUUGAUUGGUUUUUAAACGGUCAGUCUCUACCAUUUGGUGACCGGUAUAAGACGAAAUACGAUUUUGGUCAUGCAAUUCUUACUUUAAGCAAUGUUUCAGACAAAGAUUCUGGAAUUAUUACAGUCAAAGUCAACAAUUCUAAAGGUUCAGCUCAAACAUCAGGAACAUUGAAAUGUUCAAACAAACAAAAUAUUCUUUUGCAAACACAACAUCUACAAGGUGAUGUUGGUUUAUCAAAAAUAACGGAAAUAGAUGAAUUAUACACGUCAAAAGCUAGACGAUCACAAACUUAUUCUUCAAAGGAGUAUAACAAACCUAUUUGGGUAGUACCUUUCCCAUCUGAAAUUAAACUUAAAGAAGAUGCUCCAUUGCAUUUGGAAGCUAAUUUUGAGCCCAAAGAUGACGAUAACUUAAAAAUACAAUGGUACUUCAAUGGAAACUUAUUGCAAAAUGGAUCACGAUACAAAAUUACAUACGAGUUUGGAUUUGUCACAUUAGAUUUGAUUGAUACUUUUGAAAGAGAUUCUGGCAUCUACACGUGUAAGGCAUACAAUGAGUCUGGCAAAGCCUUCACGUCAUCAACAGUUUAUUGCUCAAAACAGGAAAAUAUUGUAGAAAAGCCUAGGAAUUACAAGGAUACACAUAACCUCAAGGUUGUUCAACGUGCAUGCAAUACCCCUGAAAAAGAAAAUGAUGUAGUUACUGACCAACCACCAAAAUUUACUUCAAAAGUGGAUAAUCUACUAAAUAUUACAGAAGGAGAACUUAUUCAUUUUGCAGCUUCACUCAUUCCUAUUGAAGAUCAAACUAUGUCUAUCGAAUGGUCCUGCAAUGGGAAACGAAUUGAAGCUAGUCAUCGAAUUUGUACAGCGUAUGCUUUUGGAAUAGUUAUUCUUGAAAUACACGGAGUUAGAACUGAAGAUUCCGGGACGUAUAAUUGCAGAGCUACAAAUCAAUUUGGAAUAGCUGAAGUUGAAUUCGAAUUACUAUGUAUACAAAAGUCAAGCGGUCAAAAACCAGAAUUUAUAACUCACUUACAAUCAUUAGAAAAUCUUAAGGAUGGACAGUCGGCUCACUUUGAAUGCAGUCUUACUCCACUUGAUGAUUCAGAUAUGAUAAUCGAAUGGUUACACAAUGGAGAGCUUUUGCGCCACUCAUCACGCUACAAAUUGGUUUUCGAUUUUGGUACUGUGGUUAUGGAUAUUGCAGGUGUAAUACCAUAUGACAGUGGCGAAUACAUUUGUAAAGCAACUAAUAAAUACGGUGAAGCUUUUACUAAAGCAAAUUUAACUUGUAUUGAUAGAAGUGGAGUAUAUUUUGAGACUCUAAAACCUAAUUCACUAACUAAAAUUAAACAACUAGAGUCAUAUACUAAAAAAUCAACAGAAUUGAUAGAACAAAAAAUUGAUCCUCCAAAAUUUAUCACUUAUAUACAGGAUAACAAGGUCAUUGAAGGGCAGCCAGCUCAUUUUGAAGCGAGAUUCAUACCAUCAAUGGAUUCAGAUUUAAAAACUGAAUGGUAUUGCAAUGGAAAAAAAAUACCCAAUAGUUAUCGUUAUCGCACAUUUCAUGACUUUGGCAUUGCUGUACUUGAUAUACUUUAUUGUUACGAGGAAAAUUCGGGCGAAUAUGAAUGUAGAGCUAUAAAUAAAUAUGGACACGAUUUUACAAAAGCACAAUUGAUAUGCAUUUCAAAAUUAGAAUCUUCAGAAAAUUCAAAAAGUAAAUUUGAAGAAAUUUCAAUUGUACACGUUGAAAAGGCAGAAAGGAAAAAUGACCAAUCUAUAGAAAUGAUAAAUAGAGCUCCCGUCUUUACAUUGCCUUUAAAUAAUAUAGAUAAUCUGUACGAAGGGGGAAGUGCUCAUUUUGAAACACGAUUGACACCUGUAAAUGAUCCUAAAUUAAUGGUUGAAUGGUUUUGGAACGGAAAACCAUUAAGAACAGGUACCCGAUACCGUACGAUCAAUGAUUUUGGUUUUAUUAUUCUAGAAAUAUCGCCAAUUUAUUUAGAAGAUUCUGGAGAAUAUAUCUGUAGAGCAAAAAAUGAAUUCGGUGAAGCUGUAACUUCUUGCUUGAUGAAAUGCAUUAGUAAAAGUUCGGCUAUUGUCGAAUCUAAACUUUCACAGAGUAAUGAAAAUACUAUCUAUAAAUUGUCAGAAAUAAAAAAUAACGACGGUAAUCCACCCGAAUUUAUUAAUGCACCUCAAGAUUUGACGGUAUUAGAAAAUUCAUUAGCACAUUUUAAAUGUCAAUUAAUACCUCUAAAUGAUUCUAGUAUUAGAGUAGAGUGGUUUCACAAUGGAAAACCCCUUUUAGCAGGAACUAGAGUGAAAACGAUUCAUGAUUUUGGUUUUGUGGUCCUAGAAAUAGCCAAUUGUUGUCGGCGAGAUUCUGGUUUAUACAUGUGCAAAGCAGUAAAUAGACACGGCAAAGCUACUGUAUCGUGCACACUUCGUAUUUACGAAAAUCAUUUCAUUUCAUUGGAAGAUGUCGUUGAUUUUGGUUUACACUAUGCUUGUGAAGAAAAUGAAACAAAAUACAAAAAAAUUAGGCAAAAACCAACAUUGGCUUCUCACGUAACAUCUGAAAUUCCUCGUCAGAUUCCAAAAUUUAUAACUCACAUAAAAUCUAUUAAUGUUGAUGAAGAUGAAAGUGUAAAAUUCAUGUGUCGAGUGGAACCAAAAGAUGAUCCAGAUCUAAAAAUUGAAUGGUACAGAAAUGGAGAAUUGAUUCCAGUCGGUCACAAGUAUAAAAUGAAUUAUAAUAUAGGUAUUAUUUCAAUGGACAUUUUGUACGUAUAUCCUGAAGAUUCUGGAGAAUACACAUGUAAAGUUAUUAAUCUUCAUGGAGAAGAUACAACUUCGGCAUUCGUGACGUGCAGAAAAUCACCAAGUAUUAUUUUGUACAAUCAAGUGCCUAAAGGAUUGAAUAAAUCUGAAGCAAUGUUACAAAUGGAAGCUACUAUUAAAAAGUAUACUUCAGAAGUAUGCCUUACUGAGGAUGAUUUUUUUGAAAUGGAUACUAAAAAACCUCCUAGAUUCGUUACAUUUAUAAAAGAUCAACUUAAUCUAGUUGAAAUGGAUUGUACUAAAUUUGAAUGCCAACUAGCACCAGUCGGUGAUCCUGAUAUGAAAAUUGAAUGGUUUUUAAAUGGAGAGCCAUUGCAGCAUAAAAAUCGGUUCACACCAAUUUAUGAUUUUGGAUAUGUUGCGAUGAACUUUGGAUGGGUGUACCCGGAAGACAGUGGAAUGUAUUUAUGUAGGGCAACCAAUUUAUACGGAAUGGAUGAAACUAGAGCUAUUUUAAAGAUAGCUGGAAAGCCAGGUAUAAUUUAUGAAACGCAGUUACCGAAAGGUAUGAAGAGUGUCGAAAAAAUACGAGAAAUGGAAGCCUCUUGGCAAGUUAUUCCUAAAGAAAUAGUUGAAAAAGAAAAGGUCGACACUUGUCCAAUUUUUGUGACUCGUCCAGAAAACGCUACAGUUUUUGAAGGCGAACGGUCUAAAUUUUGCUGUCGCAUUACUAGUCAUCCCAGACCUAUUGUAUUUUGGCUGAUUAAUAAGCGUGUUGUAACAAACGGACCAUAUUAUAAACUAACCUAUGAUGGAAUGUAUCAUAUGGAUAUCCCAAAGACAAGACAAUGUGAUAAUGGAAAGAUAGAAGUAAUUGCAAAAAACUCAGUCGGUGAAGUUCGAACAGAUGCUCAUUUAACCGUUAAACCCCGUUGCAUAAAUUACCGUACAGUUCUCAAAUCAUCACAAAAACGUGGACAUGAGCCUGAAUUUUCAGAACGUUCAACUAAUCAAACGAAAUUUAUUUCAAAACAACUAUUUAAUCAAAAAUCACAGAUUUACCAAGAUACAAAUAAAAAAAAUCUAUAUUCUAAACAAACAGUGAAUACAGAACAACAAACAGAUCAGAAGUCCACGGAUGAAAGUACAGCUUAUAUUUUAUCCAAAAAAGAAAUUCCAACAGAAUACGAAACCGACAAAACAAUUGAAACAGUACUUAGCUCAUCUAAAGCAACAGAGAGCGAAGUAACUUUACGAAAGAACAUUGAGUACGAGAGUGUUACCAUUUGUAAACCACCAGUCUUUAUGAAAAGACUUCAAUCGUGUCGAGUUUACGAACAGGACGAAGUUAAAUUUGAAAUUGAAUUCGACGGUGAUCCAUUGCCAUUAAUUAAAUGGUAUCGCGAGGAUUAUCUAUUGGCAAACAAUGCGGAUUUAAAAAUUUAUACUUUCAAUACUAAAUCCUCGUUAAUGAUUCAUCAAGCAUUUUUGGAAGAUUCUGGAGUAUUUUCUGUAAUUGCAGAAAAUAAAAGUGGUAAAGCCAGGUGUAGUGCUAAUUUAAUUGUUGAAGAAAGACGAAAACAGUGUAAUUUAGAAGAAAGUAUACUUCCAAGUUUUAUUGAUGUUAUAAAAAAUACUACCAUUAAAAAUGGGGAACUUGCUAGAUUCGAUGCUAAAGUCAAAGGCACCAAACCUAUUCAAAUUUUUUGGUUUAAGAAUGACCAAGAAAUUUAUCCUGAUAUUCGCAUAAAAACUUUGGAAGAAGAUGACAUUCAUACUCUGCUAAUCUUGGAAAGUAUCAAAAGUGACACUGGAAAAUACAAAUGUGUUGCCGUAAACAGUGCCGGUAAAGCACAUUGUGAGGCAAAGUGCAUCGUACAAGACAUUGAGUCGUCAGCAACAAAUAAAUUUCCGCAUUUAACUAGCAAAGAAAGUGAACCAGUAAUUUUGCAAUCUCUUACAAAUCAAAUAAUUGAAGAAGGUACAAUGGUAAUAUUUUCUUGUAAAAUUAGAGGCUCGCCAACUCCUACAAUCCAAUGGAAAAAGGGGAAUAAGAUAAUCAUGCCCUCUAAAUAUUUCCAAAUGCACAAAGAAGGAGAAUCUUAUACGUUAAAAAUCACAGAAGCAUUUGCCGAAGACGAAGAUAUUUAUACAUGUAUAGCUAAAAAUAUAUCUGGUAAAACUGAAAGCUCGGCUACUUUGAAAGUACUAGUUGCAGAAAUAGUGAAAAUAUUACCGUUAUUAACUCCUAUUGAAGAUCAAAUUGUACUAGAAGGACAACCAGUUCGAUUUACAACUCAAAUUUUGCCUCCUGAUCUUGAAGCUGAAAUUCAAUGGUAUCGCGAAGAUAUUAUUAUUCCCGAGUCAUCUGAUUUUAAAAUUACGCGUGAAGAAAGUACAAUUAUACUUCAAAUUACAAAAACAUAUAUCGAAGACUCGGGCAUUUUUACCUGCAGAGCAGUGACUUCAGCUGGAGUUUUGGAAGUGUCAGCAAAACUCAUUGUAAAAAAAGUUAGUGAAGCAUCAACGAGUAGUUCUAGCCAAAAUCGUCAAACUGAAUUAAGCAAUCGUGAUGAAAAUACAUAUUCCGAUAGUACCAAGAGUUUAGGGGGAUUAAGAUUAUGGAGCAGUUCAUUAUCACCUGGAUGUAAACGUGAUCAUAAAUACCAUACGUAUCCCAAAUCACGCAUUCCAGUGUCACGAAGAUUCCACAAUAAAUAUCAAGAAGUAAGAUCGUCUCUCAUGCCGGAAAUGUAUCCACUAGAGCCGAGAGAAAUUGAACUAGAAUAUUUUCAACAACUCCAUACUGCUAAUAGUCAAGAAGAGCUUCAAGAAUUUUUAUUACUUGAGAGUCAAUGUAGUGGUGAUUUGAAUUUAGAUGGUAUGUCGAAUUCCAGAAUCAGCAAACGAGAUAGUGACGAAGAGAGAGGAACUAUGUCAGAUUACUGAUUUAUCAGUUAACUUAUAAGUUAUACAACUCAGAAGUCUGUACAUUUUCAUUUUAAGUAAAAUUGGAAUGCCAAGAAUUUCUCGAAUCCAGACCGCAUAGGUGAACAGUGAAAUUGCUGAUGUAAAUAAGAAUCAACAUGUACCAAGUUUGAUAAUAUUCAACUUAUAACAUGUAUAUUGUAAAUCGCUUUCUCGCUAAUUAUAUUGAGAAAAUCUUCCAUGAAAGCUUGUAGGAACAAAAGAUAAAAUAACUAUAAAUGAUAAUUGAUAAGGAAAAAAUAACAAAACUACGUAGAAUCUUUAUAAGUUUACGUAACAGUAAUUAUGUA